AUGUUGCUGCUGGCCCUGAGUGAUGCGCAUAUUCCAGAGAGGGCGAUUAAGGAUCUCCCUCAGAAGUUCAAGAAGUUGAUUAGUGUACCCAACAAGAUACAGCAAGUGGUACUUUUAGGUAACUGCACAAAGAGUUACAGUUUUCUGAAGUUUGUGAACCAAAUAUCGUCCAACGUUGUUGUAGUAAGAGGUGAAUUUGAUAACAAGACGGUAGCCAGAGAAGAAAUACCGCUGAAUACGAUCAUAAAGCAAGGGGACUUUACCAUCGGCUGCUGCAAUGGCUACACCGUGGUACCUAAAAGUGACCCGCUCUCACUGCUAACGCUAGCGCGGCAACUGGACGUCGACAUUGUUCUUUGGGGAGGAACGCACAACGUGGAGGCCUACACACUUGAAGACAAGUUCUUCAUAAACCCUGGCACCUGUACCGGAGCAUUCAAUCCAGAUUGGCCACUUCCAGAUGCAAGCAACGACUCCACGCUUGAGGCGUCCGCAGACUCAAGUGAACCACAGACGCAAGCAUCUGAGGGUUCUACAGAUAACGCAAAUGAUGCAACAGUUCCAGCACAAGACGGAAAAAGUGACCAAGAUGACGUGGCAAACAAGGAAGACGAAGACACAGACUCUGAAAUUGACGAUUUUGAGGUUGAUGGACGCUGCAUUCCCAGCUUUUGUCUACUGGACAUUCAAGGCUCUACUUGUACAUUGUACAUCUACACGUAUGUUGAUGGCGAGGUGAAGGUCGAUAAAGUGGUGUACAACAAAAAAUAA